UAAGCUCGUAUCUUAUUUUUGAAAAAAUAAAUUUAAAUAAAAUGUUGUAUUUGGACAACCGAUACUAGAGGAUUUAGUAAAGGGGGGUUUUGUUUUUUUUUGUUUUUUUUUUCUAUGCGGCGUGAUGAAGAAAUCCAAUGCUACGGGAGAGUAACGAAAGCAUAGAAAUUAAGAGAAAGUGAGGUGCCUUAUGGGGAAGAAGAAUUGGAGGGAUUAAAUUUCUAGGGUUCGCGACAUUCAUUUUGGAGUGGUGAGCGAGUCUCUAAAUUGGGCGAAUAGUUGAGAGUUUGAGGGGACCAAAACAAAUAUUCUGGAAAGUCUAAGAGUGAGAGAGAGAAUUUACGAGGCACGGGUAGCAAGUUGGGGAGGUUGUUCGAGUGGAGUGCCGAACGCAUGAGGCUGCGGAAAUUGGUGGAAAGAGUUGAGCAGUGAGGAAAAGCUAAUUUUCCAGAUAUGGGGAGCUAACUUGUAUGUAUUGUUGUUGACGGUUUGAAUGCCCAAUUCUUGACGGAAUACGACCUUGAUGGAUAACUUGUGAUCUGAAAUUGAGAGCGCCUCGAGGAGCUUCGAAUCCAAGUCCGACCGGUCUACUCAGUCAUUUCCUCGGAGUGUCUUCCAUUUUCAAUUUUCCGUUUAUGUUCCAUGAAUUACAUCAAAGCAUGUUCGAGGAAAAACGGAAUUUUGACAUUGCAAAAACGACACUUUCAGGUCGAUGCUUCCAUCAUCAAGACAGGCUUCGAUCCCAACACGUAUCGUUUCAACUUUCAAGUAAAGAAUCAUCUCCUACAUGGGGAUUUGGGUGCAGCACGCAAACUGUUUGACAAAAUGCCUCACAAGAACAUCAUCUCCACCAACACUAUGAUCAUGGGUUACUUAAACUCUGGCAAUCUUUCCACUGCUAGGAGCUUGUUUGAUGGCAUGGUUAAACGCUCGGUUGUUACCUGGACAAUGCUCAUUGGUGGCUACGCUCAGAACAAUAAGUUUCGCGAUGCUUUCGGUCUCUUCGCUGAUAUGUGUAGGCACGGCUUGGUUCCGGAUCAUGUCACCUUGACGACUCUCUUAUCUGGGUUCACUGAGUUUGAAAGUGUCAAUGAAGUCGCACAAGUGCAAACCCAUGUUGUCAAAUUGGGGUAUGAUUCCACCCUCACGGUUCGCAACUCGUUGCUUGAUUCUUACUGUAAGACGCGUAGCCUAGGUUUGGCUUGUCACCUCUUCAAGCAUAUGCCGGAGAGAGAUAAUGUAACUUUCAAUGUGUUGUGGACGGGGUACUCCAAAGAGGGCUUCAAUCAUGAUGCUAUCAACCUGUUUUUCAAGAUGCAGAAUUUGGGGUUCAAUCCCGCUGAGUUUACUUUUGCUGCGGUUUUAACUGCAGGCAUACAGUUGGAUGAUAUAGAAUUUGGGCAACAAGUUCACAGUUUUGUGGUGAAGUGUAUGUUUGUGUGGAAUGUGUUUGUGGCUAAUGCUUUGCUUGAUUUCUACUCCAAGCAUGACCGUGUUGCUGAAGUGAGGAAGCUUUUUUAUGAAAUGCCAGAGGUGGAUGGUAUCUCUUACAAUGUGAUCAUCACUUGUUGUGCAUGGAAUGAAAGAGUGGAGGAAUCGCUUGAACUUUUCAGGGAAUUACAGUUUACAAGAUUUGACAGGCGGCAAUUCCCGAAUGCUAGCCCCUCUCUCGUCAAUUACACAACUCCAGAAUCAUCUGCAUUCCUAUCUGCUCCCGUAUAAAACACAUGUUAUACGAUUAUUGCAACAAACACACGGAAAUAUAGGUGAGCUAUUGAAUAAACACAAAGCAUUAAUCAGAAUAUAAUAAUUAUAUGGAAUAAACACAAAGCAUUAAUCAAAA